AUGGAAAGCAACCAUAAAACUAAUCUGCCACCUAUGGAGAUUGGUGAGGAAAAUGAUGAGCUGCUGCCUAUCAAUCGAAACGAGAACCGGAAUAUCACACCAAAAAGGCCUAUCAAGGCUAUAAGAGGCGAUCGAUUCAUCGGACGACGUGGCAUACCCAAAAGGAUUUAUUGUGACAAUGCCACCAACUUUGUCGGAGCAUGUUCGCAACUUGAAGGCUUCAAACGGCAAUUCUGUUCAGAACUCAAUGCAAAAAAUCUGGAGGAAUUUAGCCGAAAUGCCGGCUUUGAAUUCAAUUUCAUUCCACCGCGUGCUCCCCAUUUUGGAGGCUUAUGGGAAGCCGCAGUAAAGUCAAUGAAGACUCUGCUCAUCAAAAAUUUGACCUCUUCUCAUUUGACGUAUGAAGAGCUUCAAUCGAUUGCAAUUGAAGUGGAGGCGAUAUUGAAUUCCCGUCCAAUAUCCAUUCACAGCGAUGAUCCCAAUGACGGGGAGGCUCUGACGCCAGCACACUUAUUGAUCGGAUGUUCACUGCAAGCGAUCCCUGAACCGGUGACCUAUCUCAAGCAACGCUUCUGGGAACUCUGGAAGCGCGACUAUGUACAUCAAUUACAAGAACGCUCUAAGUGGUUGCAUCCCGAAAACAACAUCGCAAAGGAUCAAUUAGUUCUCAUCCAUGAAGACAAUCUCCACCGCAAUGCUGGAUUACUGGUCGUGUGGUCGAAGCCAUACUUGGUGCAGAUGGAAGG